UACACAUUUGCACAUACCCACUUCAGAACACGUUUUGUCUUCGUUAUUUCUAUCCCACAGACUCGCCCCCAUGGAGGCUGGUGAGGGUCAAGAAGUACUCUCCACCAUCGCCGGGGUGACGAGCAGUCGGAAUUUGUCACAUCCCUUGCUGAGGAUCGACUGAGCCUUGAUUCUCUUCAGGAUUCUGCCUUAGGCCACGCAUCACGAGUGAUAGUCCAACAAGUGCCCCAAAACCACAAUUCUAGCCAUGGCACAUCAAGACCGAAAGCAAUAUGCUCCUUGUCCAUAUUGUUGCUAUAAUAGUCAUGAGUCCAACAAACUGGACAGACACAUCCGUCAUUGUCAUUCUGAUAAGCAGAACUCCGACCAUGACAGUCCAGAUCCGCCAUUAGAUCGCCAGUCCGACUUGACUGAUUUUGAGCUGGCUCAAAUUCUCGCUUUUGAGGAAGCUGGGCUUCCUCGAGAACUUGCCUUGUCUGAUCCACCCCGAGCUCCUUCCAGCAAAGCAGUGAUUCACUUACCAGAAAGUGCGAAUCCGUCUAGUCGACAAUCUCCUUCUCGCCACGCCAAUGAUGCAUCUCAAUGGGCUCAGUGCUUCUGCGGUGAGCAAAUACAUAUUCUUGAGCUUGACGCACAUUCAGAAAUGCAUGCUCAAGAAAGUAUUUCCGUUGAAGACGACGACCUCCCUACAAUGGACACAGCAGAAAUGUCCUCUGCCGCUGUGCAACCCGUAUCUGAUAUCUCCAACGCAUUUAGCACCAAACUCCCAAAGUCAUUGCGGAAUUAUGACCAGGUACACGCGAAGACUCGUCCAAGCAAUAGCAAGAGACGAGCUCCAUCCUUAAAGGAUAUUUUUCUGGGGACUACGGGGGCAUCCAAGAAGACUACGGCUGUUACUGCAGAGGAAGGAAAGACGAGGCGCCUCGGGAAGGCUGAACUUGGACCGUACGCACAUGAACGCCAAAUGCCUAAAUGGCUGAGACGAAUGCUCGAAGAAGGAGCGAAGGUCUCGGUCACUAACAGAAUCGGACCCGAUGGCAAUUUGAUCAGGGUCGAGAAUAUCGCAAACGAGACGCCCAAUCUUGUGCCUGUGCUUGCACGCCUGUCACAACUUGACCGGAACGUCGAGCGAGCCUUUUAUUGCAGCCCGGAGGUACGACAUGUUUGCAAGAUGCACUUAGAAGGGGGCUUUUGUGGCUACCGCAAUAUCCAGAUGCUGAUAUCCUACAUUCAGCAUGCCAGUCCUAAGGGUGCCAAAUUCUUUCCUGGAAGACUACCUAAUAUCCUCAGGCUUCAAGACAUGAUCGAAGACGCAUGGGACCAAGAUAUCAAUUCAACCUCACGUAUCGAGACAGGAGGCAUUCGACUUACACGAAAGUACAUUGGUACACCCGAGGCUCAAGCCCUAUUCAUGAGCCUUGACAUUCCAUGCGAAGCAUCUGCAUACACGACCACCAGCAACGUCGAAGCUGUCGAGACCAUGCUUUGUGCGGUUUGCGAAUACUUUGACGAUGAGAGCACGAAAGAUAAUGUUGACAAGGUCGUUAUCACGGACAAGCCACCAAUCUACUUCCAGCAUAAAGGUCAUUCGAUGACUAUUGUUGGUGUCGAGAGCAACCUCGAUGGUGACGUCAACUUGGUGGUAUUUGAUCCGAUGUUCAACCCAUCACCAGCGUUGAAGAAGAUCGUUCUUUCAGGCAACACAUACUUCAAAUGCGCCCAUCCAGGAAAAUUGCUUAAAGGGCAUCGACGAGGGGUGAAAUAUCUUGGAAAGUAUGGAGCCUUUGAGUUGCUCAGGCUGAAAUGAGCGACUUCUAUUCAUGGAUCCGUAGCAGGGCGUUUUGGUUGGGCAAUAUGCUAUGCAGCACAUGAUAUUGGCAUCUGGGUUCUGGAAUGCAGGAUGGGAAAUUCUUUGAGGGAUUCUUAGCAUUGCAUAGCGAAGUGAUUCUAGAUUCUAGAUUUUGGAGGACUACUCUUGGUGGCCCAGUGAAGAUUGAAUUAUAACAAAUAGUUGAUCCACUUGAACUACACUUUGCCUCUGCCAUUAUGGAUAGUUUCUCU